AUGCGUGUUUCUACCAUCCCCCUUGCUGCGCUCAUAGGUCUUCCAGCGUUGAGCGCUGCAUUCCUUCUUCCCCCGCCACUCGAUCUCGAGCUCUCCCCACUCUUCAACCCAAAUGAGGCUGAGGUUGCCGUCUUGAGCGAUACCCCCAAGAGUGCCAUCGUCAAAGGAACCCAUAUAGCUGUCGCUUUGCCAUGUAUCGGAUGCACAUGGCAUAAAGAUGUAUCAGACGAGGAAGGUGUUCCAUUCAUCAAGGGCCUUGAAAGCGAGCUUUUAUUUGACAUCUCAAUUCCUGCCGACAGCCCAAAUUCUCUCGUAAUCAACAACAAGCGUAUAGUCCCUUUCACCCCACUAUUCGGGCUUUCGGCCCUUCAGGUGCCCGCAUCUGCCUCUGCCGAAGAUGUAUUCACCAUUUCGCAUCCCUUCCGUCCUCUCAAGCUCGGCUAUGACCUGCUCGUUACCGGAACUAUAAAUCCAGAGGUGCCCGACAAGAAAGAUGUCCGAGUCAAGCUCCGUAUCACCGCUGUCGACGGUGUCCACAACGACUAUAUCCCUGAUAUGGAAGUUCUGGUAUCUGAGGACAUCAAGACCGGUGCGCUGGAAAUCGUUAGCAGCUAUAUCAGCCCCAUUGUCCUUGGACCUGGCCACCAGGCGGAUAUGCAUGAUGAGGAGGUCUCAUGCCAGGGUAUCGACUGCGUUAUAUCUGAUAUGAAGCACAGGAUUGAAAGCCUCGGUAUUAUGCACGGAAAGGAUUCGAAGAAGGGUGGUUGCCACGGCGGAAAGAAGGGUGGAGAGGCUCCGCCUAAUCUUCCCCAUGGUGGUCCUCACAGGGGCGGCCCGGGCCGUCAUGGACCGCACCGUCAUCACCACAAUGGACACCGCCAAGGCGGCCACUUCUGGUCUGCACUUAUUGGCCAUGUCUUGAUGCCUAUCAUCAUCGGCAUCAUGGCCGGUGUAAGUGUGUCCAUCAUGGGUGUAAUUGUUGGACAGGGCAUCAUGAAGUUUUGGAAAUUCGCCAAAGCUUGUAAGAACGGCGGAAAGAUUGAGGAUGAGGAAAACGAAGAAGGUAGGGGGAUGUUGAAAGCUUAUGUCGAUGAGCAGCAUAAUGAGGAGGCGCUUCCUGCCUAUAUCGAGGAGGGGAUUGAGGUUGUGGAGAAGGAAUAA